AUCGAUAUUAAUGCGAACCAUUUCCAUCGCUAGUUGCACAGUUAUGUUUUAUUGAGAAAGAAAGCGAAAUAAGCCAAACUGAAAAUCCAACAAAAUGCCCAGCGAGAUUAUAACCCUUCAAUUGGGCCAAUGUGGCAACCAAAUUGGUUUCGAGUUCUGGAAGAGAUUGUGCCUGGAGCACGGCAUCUCCCCAGAUGGCGUCCUUGAAGACUUCGCCACCGAUGGACAGGAUCGCAAGGAUGUGUUCUUCUACCAGGCGGAUGACAACCAUUACAUACCGAGGGCCGUUCUCCUGGAUUUGGAGCCCAGGGUCAUCAACAACAUCAUGACCUCUCCGUAUUCCAAGUUGUAUAACCAGGAGAAUGUGUUUCUCUCCAAGCACGGCGGUGGAGCAGGAAACAACUGGGCCUCCGGCUUCAGCCAGGGUGAGAAGGUGCAGGAGGAGGUGUUCGACAUCCUGGACCGCGAGGCCGAAGGCAGCGAUUCGCUGGAGGGAUUCGUGUUGUGCCACUCCAUAGCCGGCGGAACAGGAUCCGGAAUGGGAUCAUAUGUUCUGGAACGGCUGUCCGAACGCUUUCCCAAGAAGCUCAUACAGACGUACAGUGUUUUUCCCAAUCAAGACGAGAUCAGCGACGUGGUUGUCCAGCCAUACAACUCGAUCCUUACCCUAAAGCGGUUGACCAAGUGCGCUGAUAGUGUGGUGGUCCUGGAUAAUACCGCACUGAACCGCAUCGCCACUGAAAGACUGCACAUCCAGACGCCCACUUUUAUGCAGAUCAACAAUCUGGUAUCCACCAUCAUGAGUUUAAGCACCACCACUCUGCGAUAUCCCUCGUACAUGAACAACAACCUCAUCGGUCUGACCGCCUCCCUCAUUCCCACACCUCAGCUGCACUUCCUGAUGACGGGAUAUACUCCGCUGAUGUCGGACUGCGAGACCAAGACAAGCGUACGAAAGACCACCGUGCUGGAUGUGAUGCGUCGGCUUCUACAGCCAAAGAACAUGAUGGUUUCCGCCUUGACUGACAAGCAGAGCCGCCAAUGCUUCGUCUCCAUACUGAACAUCAUCCAGGGCGAGGUGGAUCCAUCCCAGGUGCACAAGUCGCUGCAGCGCAUUCGCGAGCGAAAGCUGGCCAAUUUCAUACCAUGGGGUCCGGCGAGCAUUCAGGUUGCUCUGCCGCGCAGUUCGCCCUAUGUGCAGUCGACCCACAAGGUAUCCGGAUUGAUGAUGGCCAAUCACACGGGAAUCAGUGCGCUUUUCAAGAGGGCCUUGGCCCAGUACGAUAAGCUGAGGAAGCGCAACGCCUUCCUCGACAAUUUUCGCCGCGAGUCAAUGUUCAAGGACGACCUGACGGAGCUGGACAUCGCACGAAACACGGUUGACUGUUUGGUGCAGGAAUACGAGGCAGCCACCCAGGUCGAUUAUCCUCAGUGGAGUCCUGCCGUCGAAGCUUCGAAAGCCGGUUAAUUGAUAAUAAUUUAUAAUACAACGUUCAAUAUUAAAUAAUACUUUUAUCAACAAUAAUGU